AAGUCAAGAAUGAGGAAAGGCGUUCAAGUCGCGAAGUGAACAAGCCCACAGGGAGCACACAGACGAUUGCUGUCAAGUCGGCUCCGUUACUCUCCAGCCAUGGGAACUCUUUUACACCGUCUGGUGAUGCUCUUUGUCCUUUUGUUAUCGGCGUCAAACGUUUUGGGUUCCAACAUCUGCACUUCCCAAGGAGUCACCACUUGUCAGCAGUGCUUGGCCGUUCACCCUAGCUGUGCGUGGUGCUCUCAGGAGGUGUAUGGGCAGGGGGGCUCCAGCGCGUCCCGCUGCGAUCUGAAGCAGAAUCUGCUGGAUGGAGGGUGCAGCUCAGCAGCAGUUGAGUUUCCCUCCAGCACUCUGAAUAUUCAGGAGGACAAAGCGCUCAGCAGCAAGGCCUCUGGGACUGCCGAUGAUGUCACUCAGAUAAAGCCUCAGAAACUCCGCAUGACACUAAGACCAGGAGAUUCCAAGCAUUUCACUGUGACAGUGAAACAGGUGGAGGAUUACCCAGUGGACCUCUACUAUCUGAUGGAUCUUUCAUAUUCGAUGGAAGACGACUUGUAUCGCCUUCAAACCUUGGGCAGUGAGCUUGCCGCGACUAUGGGCCGCACCACAAGCAACCUACGCAUGGGGUUUGGAGCCUUCGUGGACAAGACCACGUCCCCUUACAUGUACAUGCACCCCCCAGAGGCAGUGAAAAACCCUUGCUAUGGAAUGGGCACGACAUGCCUGGCUCAGUUCGGGUUCAAGCACGUGCUGUCGCUGACGGAAGAGGUGGGUCGCUUCACUGAGGAGGUGGAGAAACAGAAGGUGUCUAGAAACAGAGACGCUCCGGAGGGUGGAUUUGAUGCUGUCAUGCAGGCUGUGGUGUGCAAGGACAGGAUUGGCUGGCGUUCAGAUGCCUCACACCUUUUGGUAUUCACCACUGAUGCCAAAACUCACAUCGCUCUGGAUGGACGUAUAGCUGGGAUUGUCCGACCCAAUGAUGGACUGUGUCACCUUGAUAGUGACAAUGUUUACAAUGAAACUACAGUGCUGGACUAUCCCUCUCUGGCACUCAUGACAGACAAAAUGUCUGAAAACAACAUUAAUUUGAUUUUUGCUGUGACCAGUGUUGUGGAGGAGCUCUACAGGGGGUACAGUAAGCUCAUACCAGGCACAACUGUGGGAAUGCUGUCCGAUGACUCUGGGAAUGUUAUUAAGCUCAUUGAGGAGGCUUAUGCAAGAAUUCGUUCUAAAGUGGAGCUGGAGCAACUGGGAGUCCCAGAAGAAUUGAACCUCUUCUACAAUGCCACUUGCCUCAAUGGAGAGUUUAUCCCUGGACUCAAGUCCUGCUCUGGCCUCAAGAUUGGAGACACAGUGUCAUUCAGCGUGGAGGCUCAGUUGCGUGGCUGUCCCAAAGAGAAGACCCGUACCUUUACCAUCAAACCUCGAGGCUUCAAGGAUGCCCUGGAGGUCACGGUGGACUUUGCCUGUACCUGCGACUGUGAGGCAAAGGCUGUACCUGACAGCCCCGUCUGUAACAAUGGCAAUGGGACCUACGAGUGUGGCGUGUGUCAGUGUCAUCCUGGUCGUCUGGGCCCACGAUGCGAGUGCUCCGUGGGGGACUACAGUCCAUCGGAUGAUGUCAACUGCAUCCCGAAGCCAGAGAGCCCGAUCUGCAGCGGGAGGGGUGACUGUUUGUGUGGACAGUGCUCCUGCCAUGCAAAUGAGUUUGGUCAGGUGUGGGGCAAGUACUGUGAAUGUGACGACUUCAAUUGCUUACGCUUCAAAGGGGCACUGUGCUCUGGUGAGUAGAUGUACUUUUAUAUCCUUUUAUAUUCUUUUUUUUAACCUGUGUGAUUAAAUGUAAGUAUAUUUUUUGAACUGAUGUUUUUGUCAUGAGUACUUUCACAAAGAAAAGCCAUUAACCAAUCAUGUUG